UGACAGCUCACUAUAUGAAUUGAAGGUCAAUUUGCUAUUGCUUUUCGACAAAACCGUUACCCUUCGUCGUCUUAUACCUGAUUCUUCAUCUCCGUUCGAGGGUCAACACUUGAAGAUCUUAGCUCGUGGCAAUGGCCGAUUCUCCACCGAGAAGGAAUUCAAGGUCCCCUUCCCCAUGGAGGGCUGAGUCAAGGUCUAGGUCAAGGUCUAGAUCUAGGCCUAGGUCUAGGUCCCGGUCAAGAUCUUUUGAGAAACAAAGGCCAAGAUCCCGGUCGAGAAGUCGUGGAAGAUCAAGAUCAAGAAGUAACGAAAGGUCUGAGGCUAAAAAUGCUGGAACUACACUUUAUGUGACUGGCCUGUCUUCAAGGGUCACUGAGAGAGACCUAGAGGAGCAUUUCUCUAAGGAGGGAAAGGUUGCUUCGUGCUUUCUUGUGGUGGAGCCGCGGACACGAAUUUCUCGUGGUUUUGCUUUUAUUACAAUGGAUACUGUUGAGGAUGCGAACCGUUGCAUCAAAUAUCUCAAUCAAUCAGUUUUAGAGGGUCGCUAUAUUACUGUUGAGCGGUCACGAAGAAAGCGGCCAAGAACUCCUACACCUGGACACUAUCUUGGCCUUAAAAGUACUAGAGACUAUGGGCAUCGUGGUGACCAUGGAAGGUAUCGAGGAGGUGGAUCUGGUCAUGAUGAUUAUGGAUAUCGUGGUGACCGUGGAAGGUCUCCAAGGCACUCACCACCAUAUCGAGGUGGUAGAGAUUAUUCACCGAGGCACUCACCCCCACCUUAUGGUGGAAGAUCUAGGAGGGACAGGUCCAGGUCACUUCCUUAUUCUCCAUAUGGUAGCCCAGAUAGGAGGUAUGCUCGUGGAUCUAGGUGAUGUCUUUUAAGUUUGAAGAUGGUAAUGAAAAAAUUAUCUAUUAUGGUAUCGUGACUAAAGUUUGUAUCCAUGUUUUGGAAAUAGUCUGCACUACUUAUGCUUUAAUUUGUACACUUAUAUUUGUUCGGUAUUUAACUAGUUUAUACAAUUCAUAAUUUAUUGGUCAAAUUGUUCUACAA